CGCCCCGCCCGCCUCCGCGUCCCGCACCCGGAGCCGCCUCCAUCGGCCGCCGCCGCCGCAGGUGGGAGCGGGCAGGACGCCGCGGCCGGCCGGAUGGGCCCCCCGCGCCCCGGGCACGGCCCCCCGGGGAGGCUCCUGCUCCUGGCCUGGCUGAGCUUCAACUGUGCAUGCAUCAGCAGCGCUCAGGGGGCCACCCAGGAGCCCCGCCACCGGCGCCAGCUGGGCCGCGGGGAGUGGACGCCGUGGGGGGCCUGGAGUGCCUGCUCCAGCACCUGCGGGGACGGGGUCGCGCUGCGCACCAGGCGGUGCCUCCGGUUCCCAGGAGAGGAGCUGUGCGAGGGGGAGCCCCGGCGGUACCGCGUGUGCCAGCUGCACGCGUGCCCCAGCGGCUCGGUGCCCUUCCGGGCCAUGCAAUGUUCCCUGUACAACUCCAAGCCCAUCCUGGGGAAGCCGGCGCGGUACCAGUGGGUGCCCUUCUACGGAGCUCCGAACCUCUGCGACCUGAACUGCCUGGCCGCGGGGCACAACUUCUACUACACCUUCGGCAGGGUGCUGGACGGCACCCGCUGCAGCCCGGACUCCCCGGAGCUCUGCAUCAGCGGUCAGUGCUUGAGAGCGGGCUGCGACGGGAUCCUGGGCUCCGGUGCCCAGCGCGACGCCUGCGGGCAGUGCGGCGGCAGGAACGAGUCGUGCGUCCUGGUGCAGCGGGUGUUUCGGGCCGCGUUCCCCUCCUCCGGAUACUUCGGAUACAAGAACGUGACGCGCAUCCCAGCAGGGGCGACGCACAUCAAAGUGACCGACCGGAGCCGUAAUUACCUGGCACUGAUGACGGCGGAGCAGCACUACGUGAUCAAUGGGGACUGGGCCGUGGACCCGCCGGGCGUGUACGAGGUGGCCGGCACGCAAGUCCACUACGCCCGCACUGCUGACGAGCGGGAGAGCCUGGAGGCAGCUGGGCCCACGCGGGAGGACUUGUAUGUCACGGUCCUGUUCCAGGAGCCGAACCCGGGCAUCGAGUACGAGUUCUGGCUGCCGCGGGGGCACGACGGGCACUUCCAGGCUGACGUCAGCCCCUUGCGGCAGCCGCAGCCCCGGGAAGCCCACAUGGACCCUCCCCGCCAGCCCCUGCCUGUGCCACGGACCACGCCGGUGCCCACCCCGCCUAGCACCAGGGCCACAGCCAUGCGCAGACCCCCCAGCCGGACGAAGGAGGUGGCUCAGACAGGCCGGUGCGGCCGGUGCCCGAUGCCCAAGGGACGGUCAAAGCGCAUCCAUCAUUACUGCCACAGCGACUUUGUCUUCCAGGCCCGGAUCCUGUCGCAGCGGCUGGUGGGGCAGGAGACGCGCUACGAGGUGCAGGUGCAGCACGUGUACCGCAGCGGGUCCCCGCUGCUGCGCCGCGAGUACGUGUGGGCGCCCGACACCUGCGGCUGCCCCCCGCUGCGCCCACGCCACGACUACGUGCUCAUGGCCCAGCGCCACGUCAACUACGAGCACACACUCAACCGCCUCCUGCUGCCGCCCGGCGCCUACACCCGGCCCUGGUCACCCCGCGAGGACCGGCACCUGCGCGACGCCGCACGGCACUGCCCCCCGGCCCGCCCGGCAUGAGUGGGAGCUGCGCCGGGGGUCAGCCCUGCCCUAUGCCCCCCAUAUCUAUGGGCAGAUGGGCCUAGGGCUGUGGCAUAGAGGUGCCCCCUGCCCUCCCUCCUGGCUGGGCUGAGAGCAGAAGCCAGCACAGGGGGGUUCACUCUCCUGGUGGUUGGGAGUGGGGGUAGGGGAUGCAGGGUGCUGGCUUCUCAGCGGGAGGGUUGGGGGGUCCCUCCCUGCAGGUCACCCAGUGGUCACCUGCUCCCCUGGGGCAAGGUGGAGAUCCAGCCCCCUACGCCUAUGUGUGCGUGUGCACUGCAGAUCCCACUGUGCACACGCACGUUGUGUAUGCACCUGCCCCUUGCAAGCCAUGUCACCCAGAUGCACGCACACAAGCUUUUAGGUCAUGCAGAUGGUACACGUGCACCGCCCCCAGGCCAGCCCAGCCAUGCACGCAGGCUCUGUGACUGCAGCCCACCCCCCUGCGCCGUUCCCUGGGCACACCUGACCCAUCUCGGCCUCGGGGCAGAGUGCCUGUGCCUUUCAUUCACACCCAUCCCUGCCCCUGCAGGGGGGGACUUUCUCAAGGGAGCUGGCGCGGUGGACAUGCUGCCACGUGGCACCGAGGGAGGGGGCAGGGCCCGAUUGCAGCUGGGUGCAUUGGUGGACCAGCCCCAGGCGCCAGGUUGCUGGAGGGGGGUGGGGGGGAUGUGUGUAGAAGCCAGACUUGGCCACUGCCCUGGACCCCCCCCCCCCCAUCCCCAGCUCUUCCUUCCUGGGAAUUGCAUUUAUAUUUUUCCUAAUUUAUUUUUUUGCUAAAAGAAUAAAAAUCCAUUGCUGUGGUAUUAACUUAA